UGUGCUGAAUAUGUGUGUUACAUCUGCCCAUCUUCAUCAUCAUCAUCCGAAUCCGAAUCCAGUACAAUAUUGUAAUCGAUGUUGAAAGAAAAAGGUGGAGCUACAAUUGCGUCAUCAUCAAUAUUAUUCAACAACUAUAUAUUUGAUGAUGAUGAACAAAAUUUUGUGAUUGGUCAAAUGUUUGUAGCCAAUCACACACAAUUUCAAAUAAAAAAUAACACUGCCAUUUUACUGACCAUCAUUGUCCAUCGUGAAAUUUUUUUUUGUCUGAAAAAAAAUAUUUCAGCCUGUUUAUAUUAAAAUAAAGAUGAGUUCUUCGGCUGGAACAUCGAUCGUCACCAAUCAUCAUCAUCAUCAUAAUACAUAUCAACAACAACAACAACAACAACAUCAUCAUCAUCAUAUUCAUCAAAAUGGAGCAUUUACAAUGGCAACACCACAAUCAAAACAAUUUUCACAAACAACUUCAUCAUCAACUAUCUAUCAUUCACCACAAUCAUCACCACCGAAUGAAUCAAGUCCAAAGCCAUUAACAAUGAUGAUGACAAUGUUGGAGAAUGAUGAUGGUGAUGAUGACAAACCAUUGGAUUUUUCUUCAAAAUCUCCAUCAACUAAACGAUCAUCACUUAUUGGUACGGGUAAUUCGGGGCAAAUAGAUGAAAAUCAAAAAACAUCAACAUCAUCACCACAACCGGCACAACAACAACAACAACAACAAGAGCAACCAGAACCACUUUUAUCAUCAAAAUCUGUUGCAACUGCAAGUAAAAAAGUUCAUCCAAAAUUCUUGAAACGUCAUCAUGAACCUGAACAUCAUUGUUUUACAACACCAUCACCAUCACCACCAGAACAUCGAAUGUCAAUCAAUCAAUUGCAGUCACCAUCAUCGAAAUCGAAUUUAAAUUCGACAGCUAAUGUAUUUCCAUCGGUAGAUAUUCACUCUACAAUACCAUCAUCAGUCCUAUCACAAUCACUUCCAGUAGUCAAUCAGGAUAUUUUUGGAAAAUUUUUACAAGAAAUGACCAGUCAAAUUCAACCGGCAACGAAAAAUUAUUCACAGCAACAAGUUUUAAACGAAACAAUAUUAAAUCAGGCAUUACAAUUAGCUAAAUUGAAUUGUCAGCAUCCACAAACGUUGUCAUCACCAAAUUCAUUGAUGAUUGAGUCAGAUCCAACAAAUACUAAUGCUAAAGCAAUUCAGCUGUUGAAUUUAUUGACCAAAAUGAAUAACAGCCAUCAUCAUCAGCCGCAACAACAGCAACAGCCCAUUCCAUCAUCACAAAAUAUCGUUGAACAAUUGUUGAACAAAAACAACAAUCAUACUCCAUCAUCAUUAUCGCCAAUAAAAUCGAUUCAUUCAACAACGAAUUUAUUAUCACCAUCAACAAUAUUAUCACAAAAUGCUUUCCUUACUCAUCAGCAUAAAAAUCUGGUAUCCGAAAGGCAACAACAAUCACUUGUCAAUAAUGGUGUUGGUGGUGGACUAUUAUUAACCACAGCUCCAACAACAAUGUCGCCAAUAAUGAAUAGUUCAGCUGAACAUCAAAAUUUAACAUUAUCAUCGAAUAAUGUAGCGACUACAUUAAUCAAUAAUAAUUCAUCUACCUCAUCAACACCAAAAUAUACACGUCCAUUCAAGGCUUUAUAUAACAAUAAAGAUUUACCAUUAUUACCUCAAAAACAUUCACCAUCUUCAACGACAACUACUUCGGCAUCAUCAACAACAUCAUCAUCAUCAUCAUCAUCGUUGCCAUUGGAAACUUUAGCUGCUGCCGAUUCAUUACUUGGUUCCGAUCAAGCUUAUUUAAUGUUUCGUUCACAAAUGUUGUCUAUGACAAAAGAGCGACAAUCUUCUAUUGAACGAAAAUCAACAACAAAUCGUAAAUCGCAUAAUACAUCGGCAAGUUCUAUAAAGUCAUUAGAUCUUAUAUCAGAUGAAAAUUCCAAUAGUUCAAGUUUAAAUGGAACAAAUAUUGUCGAUAAUCAUAAUCAAAGUCCAAUCAAUCAAGCAAUAAUGGAAACAUCUACAUCGAAUAGUCAUUCACUUGUCAUGCCGAUCACUGCUGGCUUAUCAUUACCAAAUGUUCCAAAUUCUACGACGGCAAUAACAACAUCGACAAAUUCGGGUAGAAAACGUGCACGACCAUUACCGGAUAAUCUUAAAGAUGAAGCAUAUUGGGAACGACGACGUAAAAAUAAUGAAGCAGCCAAACGAUCAAGAGAUUUACGACGAGCCAAAGAGGAUGAGAUUGCCAUAAGAGCCAGUUUUUUGGAACAUGAAAAUCGUCAAUUAAAAUUGAAAUUAAUUGAAGCUGAAUUAAAAUUAGAGAAAAAAGAUACACUUAUUGCUAAUUUACAGAAUCAAUUAUCACUUAAACAACAAUAACAACAACAACAAUCGAUAUGAUUCCAAUCAAAUCAUCAUCAUAUUUUUAUUUUGGCCAAACAAAAUUAUAUAUCCAAAUGAUUUACCAUCACAUGAACAUUUUGAAUCUACCUCAAACAGAUUUAAUAUAUUUUUUUUCACAUUUAAACAACACAAAAAAACAAUCUCUUUGUAUAUAUUAAAUAAGGAACUGAUCUCAAAAUUUACAUUUAUUUUUUUCAUACAAAAAAAUUCUUGAAUUUCAAAUAAAAAAAAAUUUAUUUUUUCUUUAUCUAAAAUCAUUCGCCAUCUACUGGAUUCGAUGGUAAACACAUUUAAUGAAUGGCUCUUAUCGUUGUUGUCGUCGUCGUUUUCAUUUCUGAGAAUUGCUCAUGCCGCAAUAUGAUGAUACUUUUGAUGAAUGUUUCAUUUUCAACUUCAAAUUAUUACCUGAAUCAAG